AUGAGAAGUUCGUCAGUAGCGGCAGCGAUUUUCGCUGUGGUCUUCUCUACCCAACUGCUCAAUUCAAUCCUCGCCGCCGCUCCGUCCCCUGCGGCGCCGGAGCUUCCAAACCCAGGUGCCGAAUUCAUCAGAAAUUCCUGCAAUUCCACGCUCUACCCGAAACGCUGCUACAAAACCCUGUCCCCUUUCGCACCCGAAAUCGGGUCCGACCCGAAGAAGCUGGCCAAGAAGGCGCUGAGCGUGACCCUGAAAGUCACCCAAUCGGCGUCCAAGCUGAUGAGGAGGAUGUCCAGGAUCCCCGGGGCGCCGGCGGCGAUGGCGGACUGCGUGGAGGAGGUGGAGGACGCGGUGGAGGAGCUGGGGAAGUCGAUUGACGAGAUGGUCGGGGCCCCGGCGGAAGGACCCGAGUUCUGCCGGAUGAUUGGGGACGUGCAGACGUGGCUGAGCGCGGCGGAGACGGAUGACGACACUUGUAUGGACGGGUUCGAGGAAGGGCCGGCGGGUUCGUCGGCGGCGACGGUGAAACGGAAUGUGAAGAAGUUGGUGGAGAAACACGUGGGGAGAAUUGCUCGUUUUACCAGCACUGCUCUGGCUCUGGUGAAUCUCUAUGCUGCUUCUUCUUCCGGAGUUCCGUCAUGUUAA